CCAAGCCUCCAAGAGGAUGGGGGCCUGGACAGUAGGGCCAGAGCCUGGGCAACCUAUGAGCACAGGCUGAAGUCUGAACGCUCCAUGGCCAACGCCACAAGGUUCAUGGCCACGGAAGUCACUGGCUCCAUGGGGUUGAUCCUGGCGGCGGUCCUGGAGGCGGCAGCCCUGCUGGGCAACGGCGCCCUGAUGGUGGUGGUGCUGCGCACACCUGGACUACGCGAGACGCUGUACCUGAUGCACCUGUGCAUCGUGGACCUGCUGGCGGCCGCCUCCAUCAUGCCGCUGGGCCUGGUGGCCGCGCCGCCGCCCGGGCUGGGCCACGUGCGCCUGGGCCCGGGUCCCUGCCGCGCCACGCGCUUCUUCUCGGCCGCGCUGGUGCCCGCCUGCACGCUCGGCGUGGCCGCGCUGGGGCUGGCGCGCUGCCGCUUCAUCGUGCACCCGCUGCGGCCCGGCGCGCGCCCUGCGCCCGCCCUGGUGCUCACGGCCGUGUGGGCCGCGGCGGCGCUGCUGGGCGCGCUCGCCCUGCUCGGGCCGCCGCCCGCGCCGCCGCCCGCGCCAGCCCGCUGCUCCGUGCUGACCGGGGGCCUGGGGCCCUUCCGGCCGCUCUGGGCGCUGCUGGCGUUCGCGCUGCCCGCCUUCCUGCUGCUGGGCGCGCACGGCAGCAUCUUCCUGGUGGCGCGGCGCGCUGCCCUGCGGCCCCCGCUGCCCCCGCCGCCCCCGCGCGGCGCCCGGCUGCGCUCCGACUCCCUGGAGAGCCGCCUCUCCAUGCUGCCCGCCCUCCGGCCUCGACUUCCCGGGGGCAAAGCGGCCCUGGCCCCCGCGCUCGCCCUGGGCCAGUUCGCAGCCUGCUGGCUGCCCUACGGCUGUGCGUGCCUGGCCCCCGCCGCGCAGGCCGCGAAGGCCGAGGUGGCCGUCACCUGGGUCGCCUACUCCGCCUUCGCGGCGCACCCCUUCCUGUACGGUCUGCUGCAGCGCCCCGUGCGCCGGGCGCUGGGCCGCCUUGUUCGCCAAGCGCGGCUCAGGUGCCCGCGGGCCCGCACGCUGCGGGCCUGGCACCCGAGGUCGCUCCUGCGGCACCUCCAGGGACCCCCAGAGGGCCCUGCCCUAAGACCUUCUGAGGCACCAGAACAAGACCCCAAUUUGGCAGGAGGGGAGAGCCUCGGCAUGCCGAAGACUACCUGA